CCAGUGAGUCAGAUGCGCGUGACACCGAUGGAUCUGGCGAGCACGUCUCUGCUGAAUGUGUUUAAAGGGAACGGCUGCGGUGUUCAGGGCUCGUGGCAGGUGGGCGUGGAGCAGGACGUGACUCCGACCAAUGGCUGCGCGGCGCUGGGGCUCCGCCUCCCGCACACAGAGUAUGAGCUCUUCCGAUUGGAGCGUGACGCCGGCGGACAAUUCCUGCUGUUUAACGGCCAGCGGCCCAGCGACGGCUCCAGCCCCGACCGACCCGACAGACGGCCCACGUCCUACCAGACACCGCUGGUGCAGUGCUCCGCCGCUGGAGGUCAGAGGUCAGAGGUCAAUGCCGCGCAGCGCCUCAGCAGCUGGGCCGGUUACCACGGCGACCUGGCGGCAGCAGCGGUCUGGAGUUUGGCGUUUAUGGGUUUCUUGGGCUGAGAGACGUAAAAACAAACAGAUGUUUGUGACCCAGAAUGCACUUGACGGGACGGGACGAAUGAAAACUGCUGCACAACAGGAACCGCACUUUACUAGAAGCCCUGCGCUUUCAUUAAGACGGGACUUUACAUCCUAAAACAUGCCUGCAAAUGAGUUUCAGAGGGAAAAAUCUCCCAAAAACAAAGAUUCUGUCAUUAUUUAUUCACUUUCGAUGCGACGACAGUUCAGAGUCC